GAGAGAAGCACAUGUGUGGAUUCAUUCACACUCAGCAGUGAUCAUGUAGCCCGCAGUAAAGACUGUAAUCAUAGUAAACAACACUCAAAUGGAUAGAAAGUCUCGUGUAGCCGGAGGUCGAAAUGUGUUGUGCUUGUUUGAUGUGGACGGAACGCUGACACCCCCGAGAGAGAAGAUCGACCCUGAGCUGGAUGAUUUCUUCCAGGCCUUGAGAAAGAAGGUGAAGAUCGGUGUGGUGGGCGGCUCAGAUUAUUCCAAAAUCGCAGAACAGCUCGGAGAAGGAGAUGAAGUCAUACACAAGUUUGACUACGUCUUUGCAGAAAAUGGAACCGUACAAUAUAAAGACGGCAAACUCAUCUCCAAACAGGCCAUUCAGAAUCAUCUGGGCGAGGAGUUACUGCAGGAUCUCAUCAACUUCUGUCUCAGCUACAUGGGGCUCAUCAAACUACCCAAGAAACGAGGGACGUUCAUUGAGUUUCGUAACGGCAUGAUCAACAUCUCACCCAUCGGACGCAGCUGCACGCUAGAAGAGCGGAUCGAGUUCUCUGAAAUUGACAAGAGAGAGAAGAUACGAGAGAAGUUUGUGGCGGCUCUGCAGAAGGAGUUUGCUGGAAAAGGCCUGCGGUUUACCAGAGGGGGUUUGAUCAGUUUCGACAUCUUCCCAGAGGGCUGGGACAAACGCCUCUGUCUGGAAGUCCUGGAGCAGGAAGGACUGGACGCCAUCUACUUUUUCGGCAAUGAAACUUCAUUGGGUGGAAAUGACUACGAGAUCUUCGAAGACCCUCGUACCAUCGGCUUCACCAACGAGUCCUCCAAAGUCAAUCAGCAAUCAGCUAUCUUCCCUCAGAUAGUCGACUAUGAGGAAAAACUGUGUCCAUGA